GGACAGCGGGGACGAGGGGGCAGUCCUACAGUCUCCCUGCUGCGCUCUUAGGCAGAGCACAAAAGCCUCGGCGGCUGGGGCGGGCGCGCUAGCGGCUCGCAUGCACUGGCGAGGAGGGCAGUUUCCUUCGCUUCACCCACUCGCCCCGCUGUGCCCUCCCCGGGGUCUCGCGCUCCCCGCCUGCCCCUUUGCUCUCAGACCAGGCUGGCUUCGAUCGCAGCGAUGGGGGCCACUCUUUCGGCCAGCCUAGCAGCUCGGUGCUCUCAGCCCUUUGUGAGAAACUGCGCGGCAAGGCUGGAUAGAGAAGGGUAAGAAAAACCAGCCAGGCAGCCAGACGCGCAGGCGGCGGGAGAGCUUCUUCUCUGGGCCACGGCCAGAGGCAGCGGCGGCAAUAAUCCUAAGUACAACUUCCUGUCUGAAGUUGAUCUUCCCAACCUGAUGUAUCAUACAUUAUGGUUCAUGUUAACUUGGUUAAAAAAUGGAUGUAUGUCCUCCUUGCUUUUCUAGUAGUUCUGACUAUUUGUCUGUGGAAGGAAACACGAAAAGGUUAUUAUGUUUCUUUAAAAGAAGAAAGCCGAACUGAGCAAGUACAUAUGAUAUUAUGGAAAUGGAGCAUUCCAAACCAACAGUAUGUCUAUCAUAAAGCUGUCAACAAUUCUAACAAGGCCAUUUGGUCAACCAAUGCAUCCCAAGUCACAAUUAAAAAAAAAAUUCUUGUAACACAAGCAGUAAAUAACUUAGUAACAAACCCCAAAAAACCAACAGGUUCCAUAAAAGUGUGGAACAAGGACAGUUCAUCCAAAAAUCUCACCCCUAGACUGCAAAAGGUGAGGAAAAACUACCUGGCUAUGAACAAAUAUCAUGUGAACUACACUGGAGCAAGAAAUGCUGCUAAACUCAGCCCUGAGAAACUGCUAUGCCAGCUCCAGAAACGACUGAAUUUUCGAAUGAUACAGGCAUCAGACGGUCCUUUCAAUACAUCAGAAUGGGAAACCUACCUGCCAAGGAGAAACAUUAGCAUGGAACUUGGCCAGCUGGGCCAAUGCGCAGUAGUGUCCUCAGCAGGAUCUAUGAAGUCUUCCCACUUAGGACCAGAAAUAGAUGGCCACAAUGCAGUGUUGCGUUUUAAUGGGGCCCCUACCAGAGGAUUUCAGGCUGAUGUAGGGGAAAAAACAACAAUACGUCUUAUCAAUUCCCAGCUUCUUACUGUUGAAGAACAAAAGGUUAUUACAGACUCACAAUAUAACACUGGAACCUUAAUUGUAUGGGAUCCGGCACCAUAUCAUGCAGAUAUCUAUGAGUGGUACAGAAAACCAGAUUACAAUUUCUUUAGCAGCUACAAAGAGUAUCGAGACAAGCACCCUGAGCAACCCUUUUACAUCCUGAAUCCCUAUAUGCAGUGGCAACUUUGGGAUAUCAUUCAAGAAAACUCACCAGAGGAUAUCCAGCCAAACCCACCCUCUUCAGGAAUGCUUGGCAUUGUUAUCAUGAUGCAUUUGUGUGACAAAGUGGAUGUUUACGAGUUUCUUCCUUCCAAAAGGCAAACAGACAUUUGCCAUUAUUUCCAAAAGUUCUUUGACCAAGCCUGCACCAUGGGUGCCUACCACCCACUGCUCUUUGAGAAGAAUAUGGUGAAGCACAUUAACCAAGGCACAGAUGAAGACAUUUACACUCAUGGAAGAGUGACUCUAAAUGGCUUGAGGAACGUACAGUGUUAGAAGAUUGAAUCUCUGAAAUACUAAACGGGGAAGAUCUUUUAAUUGCAAGGCACUUUGGAAAGGCCACUUCAAGGGUUUUUGGGUGGGUUGUUCAUAGUUAGAAAUUCUUUCAUUCAGUAAGUCUUAAAUUUGGGGUGUGUGGCUACAGCAUUAAGUGCUUUUCAUCAGAAUCACAUUCACCUUGUUAUGAUUCCUGCAAACAGGAGAUGCUGUAUCUGAAUGGUUCCAGCUGUAGAGCACAGAAGAUGGCUAGGUAUGGAUAUCAAAAAACCACAGAAUUUGAGAUUUAAAAAUCAGCAUAUGUCUUGCCCUUAUGACUGCAUAGAAAAACAGAAAAUGGGUGAGCAGUCAGAUUUUUAAAAAGUAGACACAACCUAAUUUUACUGAACCUCUUAAUAUUCAGGAACUGCUUUGUAUUUCAUUCUUUCAUCUCUGUAUAGUUUGAUCCUAGAGUCAGGGCCUAACUACAUAUGACAUUUUCCCUGGAGACAUAUGAGGGUUGGUACGAGAGAGAUGUUCUGCAGUUCUAUACUUUCUUGGUGCCUAGAGGCUCAAUUUGGAUUUGGACAGCAGCACCCAGGGAGUAAGUGCUUAGAUUGUUCCUCCACACAC